UAUUCCUCAAUAAACAUGCGUGAGUGUAUCUCAGUUCACGUGGGUCAGGCUGGUGUCCAGAUGGGCAAUGCCUGCUGGGAGCUCUUCUGCCUGGAGCAUGGAAUCCAGCCUGAUGGACAGAUGCCCAACGACAAGAACAUCGGAGGAUCAGAUGAUUCCUUCAGCACCUUCUUCAGUGAGACUGGAGCUGGCAAGCAUGUCCCCAGAGCUGCUUUAGUGGACUUGGAGCCCACUGUCAUCGAUGAAGUGCGAACUGGGAUCUACCGGCAGCUGUUCCACCCUGAGCAGCUGAUCACUGGUAAGGAGGACGCGGCCAACAACUAUGCCCGUGGGCACUACACCAUCGGCAAAGAGAUCAUCGAGCUGGUGCUGGACAGGAUCCGCAAACUGUCUGACCAGUGCACGAGUCUUCAGGGAUUCCUGAUCUUCCACAGCUUCGGGGGCGGUACCGGAUCUGGUUUCACCUCUCUGCUGAUGGAGCAUCUCUCCGUAGACUUCGGCAAGAAGUCCAAGCUGGAGUUCGCCAUCUACCCGGCUCCCCAGGUGUCCACAGCGGUGGUGGAGCCGUACAACGCCAUCCUGACCACCCACACCACCCUGGAGCACGCUGACUGCACCUUCAUGGUGGACAACGAGGCCAUCUACGACAUCUGCCGCAGGAACCUGGACAUCGAGCGCCCGUCCUACGCCAACCUGAACCGGCUGAUGAGUCAGAUCGUGUCCUCCGUCACGGCCUCCCUUCGUUUUGACGGAGCCCUGAACGUGGAUCUGACGGAGUUCCAGACCAACCUGGUGCCCUACCCUCGAAUCCACUUCCCUCUAGUCACCUACGCUCCGAUCAUCUCAGCGGAGAAGGCCUACCACGAGCAGUUAACCGUGGCAGAGAUCACCAACGCCUGCUUUGAGCCAGCCAAUCAGAUGGUGAAGUGUGACCCUCGCCACGGUAAAUACAUGGCCUGCUGUCUUCUGUACCGCGGGGAUGUGGUGCCCAAAGACGUUAACUCUGCCAUCGCCACCAUUAAGACCAAGCGCACCAUCCAGUUUGUGGACUGGUGCCCUACCGGCUUCAAGGUGGGCAUCAACUACCAGCCUCCCACUGUGGUUCCUGGAGGAGACCUGGCCAAGGUGCAGAGGUCAGUGUGCAUGAUGAGCAACACCACCGCCAUCGCCGAGGCCUAUGCUCGACUGGACCACAAGUUUGACCUGAUGUACGCCAAGAGGGCCUUCGUCCACUGGUACGUAGGAGAGGGGAUGGAGGAGGGGGAGUUCUCAGAGGCCAGAGAGGACAUGGCCGCCCUGGAGAAGGAUUACAAGGAGGUGGGCCUCGAUUCUUUUGAUGGGGACGGCGGUGAAUAAGAGGGGUCCUGUUUUGAGUCAAGAC